UCUAAUACGCUAUGAAUUUGUUCUAGGAAAUAUUUUAUUGCAUAAUGUUUCCGGUUUUUAGUUAUCACAUUAAGGUUUUAAAUUCCACCUUUUCCUCUUCCUCAAAGUUCUUUCAAACCGGCGCAAACAUUUAAAAAUUGGUUCCAAUUUCUCCUUCAAAAAAUCCCCUAGCAUCGAUUCUAUACAGAGUAUCAAAUAAAUAGCCAAGUUAAAUAAUAAGUGCACCUACAUAAUCAAUAACAUUCAUUAUGUAAACAUUUCAAAAUAUGCCCUAGCGAAAUCCUACAUUUUUCUAUGAUUUAUUUACAAGUACGGGCACCUGUUAGUUACGGUAGGUGAUUUUCCAAAUAAGGGGUGUAUACAAGGUCAUCGCCAUGGAACAGCCAAUGAAAACUGGGGCUACUUCAAAUCGGAAAAUAUAGGUCAACCAAUCACAUCACUUCAUUCAAACUGUAGUGGUUCUCUUUGUUCGUUAGGUUGAUCUCGGGAUUUUACUAUAGUUGUAAGGCUCUUGGGAUAACAUCCGAAAUUCCUUGUUCAAAAAGUGAAACUACGUGAGAUACACUUUAAACUACUGUUGGAACAAGUGACAGUCGUGAGUGAAGUCUGCGCCAGAGCACAAUGUUAAGCAUGGCGUAUUGUAAUCCGUCCGACAUGGAUUUUCUAGACACUGUGUCGAUGGACUCCCACGAUAUUCAAAGUGAAAUGGAGAAAAUUCUGGCAAACGCCGAUUUCCUAAAUAAUGAUAACAGCAACCAUGCCAACAGUGCUUUUGACUUCGACAACACAGGGCCGUCCAUUGAUGACUGGAUACAAAAUAUUCAGUGGAAUGAUGUGGCCAAAGUUCAGAAUAUGAUGGACUCCUCUUUUGAGAUAGACAACAACAAUCCAAACCUGAUUGUCAACCCACAAUCUGUGAUGCCCAUCGCAGUACGCCCAACUCACCACAGCUCGCCGAAAAAGACGGCGUUCUCACAAGUAAGCACACAGACGAAGCCAAACUCCACAGCAGUCAAUCUACAGGGCUCUGUGUAUGGGUCAAACCUUGGACUAAAAAUUGAAAAUGUCGUAAGUCUAAAUCCACAAUUCAACGAGAAAAACAACAACCAGUUAUCGUCUUUACAAGGAAACUCGGUGUCUGUGCAUUCUCCCAGCAGAGUGUCGAAACCAGUAACAGUGUCUAUAUCCAAUAGUGCUGUGUCGCCCAUAGAUUUAAUGGAAGACCAAGAAAAAGUGUUCCCUAAGCCUGUGUAUUCAUAUAGUUGUCUGAUCGCCAUGGCUUUAAAGAACAGUCGCCAUGGAAGUCUUCCUGUCAGUGAAAUAUAUAGCUUCAUGACUGAACAUUUCCCAUACUUCAAAACGGCCCCUGAUGGAUGGAAGAAUUCAGUUCGACACAAUCUCUCAUUAAAUAAAUGUUUUGAGAAAGUGGAUUCCCCCAAACUGAAUGGAAAUACAAAGAAAGGUUGUCUCUGGGCUCUCAAUCCGGCCAAAAUAGAAAAAAUGGAGGAUGAAAUUGCAAAGCACAGAAAGAAGGACCUGGAUUCAAUAUUAAAGAGCAUGUCUGAUCCAGAAAAUCUGGAGUUGAUAGAGGCGGGGAAGGCAGGUCCAGUGGGGUCACCAAAUGAACCACCCUCCCCAAAGCAGCCAAUCAGAGAUCAGAAGACGGCUUACCUGACGACCGACGUCAACAUCCUAGAGAACGGGAUCGGACUCGAGCACGAACUCCCAGAUAUCAACUUCCAGAGCUCUGGUAUUUGGGAUGAGAUCCGAAUUGAUUCUGUGACGUCACCCUCCACAACACAAGUCCUUACAAUUAGUGCUGCCCCCUUAACAGGCCCCACUACCUUAGCAACAGGGAAUGGCAGUUUAUAUGGAAUUCUUACCUGCACAAGUCCCCUUACCCAGAAUUCCUCAGUGACCCCGAGUAGUUAGAUGCCGUCCAUGAGCCUAGUCGCCGCUGUGUUCAAAACAUUCCAGACAUCGCCAGUCUAACUGAGCGAGAUUUCAGGUCUGCUAGAGUCAUCUUCCCUCCAAUGUUGAAGAAUUGUGAGUGUGUGAGGAGAUGAUUUCAAAUCAUGUGUAUAUUAGAAAGUAAAUCGAGCACUAUGUGUCAUAUGUUGUAAAUAGAUCUGAAGUUUUAAACCUUGUUGUAUGGAUCAUGUUCUCUAUAUUUUUCACAAUGUACCCUUACACAUUUGUCUAUGCAAUCUUGGUGCAGAAAGCCAUUUUGUGUUCAGACAGAAAGCUUAGUUAGCCUGUUUUCUGUUGUGAGGCAGCUGAUGUUUUAGUGAACUGCUCAAUACAUUUCACUAAUAUAACUUGUCCCACACUGCUUGUCCCCACACCACCACUCGGCUACCGUCUCUUCUGUGAAGGAUACCAGGGCUCCCAGUUACUGGUUGCCUUUGAAAAGUUCAUACCACUAGUUUAGAGACUUCACAGCAGCUAUAUGAAAUAUAGUGAGACUAUGUCAUUGUUGAGCAUGACUAUUCUGUGACAUAGUGAGACUAUGCAAUGGCUUAGUGAGCCUAAUCCAUGUCUAAGUGAGACUACACUAUAGCUGAGUGAGACUACACCAUAGCUGAGUGAGACUAUUCCAUGUCUAAGUGAGACUAUUCCAUGUCUAAGUGAGACUACACCAUAGCUGAGUGAGACUACACCAUAGCUGAGUGAGACUAUUCCAUGUCUAAGUGAGACUACACCAUAGCUGAGUGAGACUACACCAAAGCUGAGUGAGACUACACCAUAGCUGAGUGAAACUAUUCCAUGUCUAUGUGAAACUAUGCUGUUGUUGAUCGAGACUAUUCCUUGACAUAGUGAAACUAUGUCGUGGCUGAGAGACACUGCAGUGUCUGUUAGACUAUGCCAAGUGGAGGACAAGCGGGGCUGUUUUGUUAAGAUUUUAUACUUAUAACAGAUGUAUCCUGUACCUAAUAUGUUGAUCAUACAUUGUUCUGUUAGUGUUUGUUGUUCUGCGGUACACAGGGGUCUUCCUUGCGUUUAGUUACCUGGCUUUUUAAUGAAGAAAUGGCAAGCUUUUAUCUUUUAUUGAACUAUGUAAACCCUUUGAGACAUGUUGACGAGUAUUGCUCACAUAUUGUUCUGAUUUGUUUGAGGAUAUUUGAAUGUAUAAUAAGUGUAAAUAGCGAGAAUGAAUGCUAGGUUAAUAUUUAAAUGGAGGCAUGAAAUAUUGUAUGUUAAAGUGCCAAAAUGAAGUUUCCUUUGUGAAUUGCUUCAUGCUAGACACAAACCCUUGAAGGCAGCACUGUACAGGAGCUCACUGGUUCAGCUCAGACCAAGGGAUCACUGGUUCAGCUCAGACUAAUAAGGGGGGAGGGGUUCAGCACAGACCAAUAAGGGGGGAGGGGUUCAGCUCAAUCAGACCAAGGGAAUAAAGUGGGUUCAGAAUAGAUCAAGGGUUUGAGAGGUUCAUUUCAGACCCAGGGGUUCAGCUCGGACCAAGGGGAUCUGGAGAUCAGAGCAGGACUAGGGGAUCAGGGAUUCAGUUCAGACCAAGGGAUCAGGGGAUCAGCCUAAAUCAAUGGUUUAUGGGUGUUCAGCUCCAACCAAGAGAUCAGGGGUUCAGCGUAAACCAAGAGGAUUGGGAACCUAGGGUUGGAGCUUAGACAAGGAUGUAGGAGUAGAUUAGCUUACUCUGGUGAUAUAUAGAGGGUUCACUUUGGGUUUUUCUUAACUUGUCCAAUAUGCUUAGAUUUAGAAAUUUGUCAUCCAGAGUUUUAGAUUUAAAAGCCCAGAUCUAGAUAUUUUUCAAUGGUAAAAACUUUCUUUGCUCCACAAUAUGAUCACCAUCAACUGCUUCACCCCUGUUUCCUUCCUUGGAUCUGAUGAUCUAACCAGUGGCUCAAUCUUUGCUUUAGUAACGUCGUGUUACAGUAUAAUCCAUUGUAGGCUAUUUAAUGAGUAGAUUUCAGUGGCGUGUUGACACUUAUACCUACCUAUCUGUUAUAAUAAUGGAGCAAUCAAGUGUUCUUGUAUGCUUCCAUAAGAUUGUUUUUUUUUUCAUAUUACAACUUUGAUUCAGAUGUACAGUAUAUUACAAUGUUUUGCGGAAACAUCACAGAUUAAUUUCACCUAGUGCUAUGUGUACAGUGUUUAGUGACCUUGACCCCAUUUUGUUCACUCCUUGGUUUUUGUCUUAAAAUGUUCAACAUUAUCCACUGUGUUCAGAAUUUUGUGACUCUGUAGAUUUUUAUUUCUUUCAAACCUUGCACACAUGGUGAUUUUUAGACGUUUGAUUAGAGCUUGCCUAAUGUUGAUUUUUAAAAAUGAGUAAAUUUUUAUUUCUUAAAUUUUUAUUGCAGUAUAUUUGUGUUCCUAUUUGUAACAUGCAGCAGUGAUUGUGUUCAUUCCUCCAUUGUGAGGAUCUGUCAAAGAUUUCAUUUGGUUUAUGUUGAUUUUUUUUUUGCACAAUGUACUUGCAGUAAAUCCAAUAUAGAUUUGUGGUGACCAAAAAAACAACAAUAAAAAUCUUUUGUAUUA